AUGAAUUCUGUUACUAGAAUUGCACGUAAAAUUACAAAAUCGUUUUUGCCAAAGAAUGAACCGGAAGGCGUAGGUGCAGUGGUACGCCGAUGCAUAGGUGGGUCAAAAAAUUAUUUGGACCCAUUCUUAAUGUGCGAUUUCGCCACUGUUUCCCAACCAGCUGGAUUUCCGGAUCAUCCACACCGAGGAUUCGAAACCGUUACAUAUAUAUUAGAAGGUGCAAUUGCACAUGAAGAUUUCGCUGGACAUAAGGGCAUUAUUGAAGCAGGUGACAUACAGUGGAUGACGGCAGGCAGAGGUAUAGUUCACGCAGAGAUGCCAGCACCGUCAGCAUCUGCAUUACAAAUAUGGGUAAAUUUAGCAAGCACAGAAAAGAUGUGUGAACCAGCAUACCAAGAAUUAUCAAAUGACAGCAUUCCACGCGCAACUCCCGAAGAAGGAAUCACAAUAAAAGUAAUCGCUGGAGAAAGCCAUGGAAUAAAAUCAUCGGUAUUUACACGUACACCGACAAUGAUCAUGGAUUUCUCAUUGGCAGCGAAUAAAAAAGUAGAACAACCUGUACCAAAGGGGUGGAAUGGUUUUGUGUGUGUGAUUGAAGGAAGUGGAUUCUUUGGCGCUGAUAGAUUCCUGGGCAAGGCAAAUCAUGCAUUGUUUUUGGAUGAAGAAAAUCAAGGAGAGUAUUUCUCAGCAGAAACGGGUGAUGAGAGCGUGAGAUUUAUGUUGUUUGCUGGAAAGCCAUUAGAGGAACCAAUCGUACAUCAUGGUCCAUUUGUGAUGAAUACUGAACAAGAAAUGCUUCAAACCUUUUAUGAUUACGAACAUUAUAAAAAUGGGUUUGAACUAGCAAAAAAUUUUCGAUCAUCUAUUUUUGACGGUGUACCGUUGAAAGACCUGAAACAAUCGAAAGAAGUUGUAGCAUGA